AUGGGUUCAUUUUUUAAAAAAUGGUUUCAAGAAUCUGUUUUCGACUCUUCCUCCGAUGAAGAGUUAGAAGAGAUGCUCGUAUUCGAAGCGGAACAACAAAGGUUAGCGAGGAUGCGAGUCUCAUCAUCACGUACUCCACGAUUGUAUAUCGAUCUUGGCUUUAUUGAAGGUCACGAACGACUUUUCAAUGAUUAUUUUGCAGAGAAUCCGUUUUACCCUCCUAAUCGAUUCAGAAGAAGAUUUCGAAUGCGACGUGAUCUAUUCCUUCGCAUUCAGUCUGCCAUAGAAGCUCAUGAACCCUUUUUUCAACAAAAAAUGGAUGCAGCUGGAAAGUUGGGGUUAUCUUCACUUCAGAAAAUUACGGCUGCAUUUCGAAUGCUUGCAUACGGUGUCUCCGCCGACCUUUUGGAUGAGUAUGUGCGAAUCGGGGAGAGCACAGCAAUAUUGUCUAUGAAGAUAUUUGUUAAAACGUUGAUAUCUAUUUUUAGAAACGAAUAUCUAAAAUCCCCAAAUAGCGAUGAUAUUGCCAGAUUAUUAGCUAUUGGUGAAAGUCGUGGCUUCCCUGGAAUGUUAGGGAGUAUCGACUGCAUGCAUUGGAAAUGGAAGAAUUGUUCGACUGCUUGGAAAGGACAAUUUACUAGCCAUAUUCACGAACCGACACUUAUAUUAGAAGCUGUCGCAUCACAUGACCUUUGGAUUUGGCAUGCAUUCUUUGGAUUACCAGGUUCACACAAUGACAUCAAUGUGUUGGAUCGUUCAUUUGUGUUUGCAGAAUUACUUCAAGGACAUUCUCCACCAGUUCACUAUAAUGUCAAUGAUCGGCAUUACUCAAUGGGUUACUAUCUUGCAGACGGUAUCUACCCGUCGUGGGCUACUUUUGUGAAGACAAUCCCUAUGCCACAAACCAAUAAGGCUAGGCAUUUCAAAAAGUUACAAGAAUCAUGCCGAAAGGAUGUUGAGCGUGCUUUUGGUGUACUUCAAGCGAGGUUUGCAAUAGUACGUGGGCCAGCUCGAUACUUCAAACGUUCAACACUUCAUGAUAUUAUGUUGGCGUGCAUAAUAAUGCACAAUAUGAUUAUUGAAGAUGAACGACAUUUACACGUUCAACCCGACAUUGCAGACAUGUAUGAUCAGGCUGAAGAUGGUCCUCCUACGCCAGUACUAGAACACUUACGAAUUCGUGAAUUUCGAGACUUUAUUGACCAAUACAUCCGCAUCCAAGAUAGAUAA